AGCACCUGUUGCUAUUCUCAAUUUUCAGUGAAGGGAACUCGAGCCCAGAGCUAACCAUGGGUCUACACCCUUGCUCAGUGGGGGAGCUGGUUCUGACUCCAGCUGUUUCCCAUAAUCAGCCUGCUUCUUACAACAACCUGGUCCUACAGGGAAGGGAGGGGUAGGGACCUGUCCCUCAAGUCCCUUCAUUAUGUCUCUCACUGUUGGGAUGCUGCCCUUUGGGGCAAAGGGCACGGAGGAAGGGACCUUAGCAGGUUAAUUAUUAACCCUUUGCUUCAGGAUAGUGAGGGCAUUGCUUCCCUCCUGGAAGCUGAAGUGACAAGGACUGGUGGGCAGCUGGUGAGGGGGCAGUGGUCCUAGCAGGGACUAUGGGGGCCAAGCUGUCUCCCCUGGUCCCACAGCGCUGGUUUUGCUGUGCAAUUCUUGUCUCUAUCUUCACACUGCUGCUUCUUUAUCUUGGUGAUUGGAGCCUCAGCUCCCUCUCAGGCUGCAGAACCGGGGCACAGUCCUGCAUUCCCGAGAAACUGCUGCCUUCCCAGGUCUGGCAGCAGCUAUCACCUAUGGAGGUCCCGGGGCAGGAAGAGCCUCUGUGUCUGGGCCCCCAGAGCAUGCUGGGCAGCAUGAUGAGGUCCUUUCAUGCCAGUCUAAACCCUGAAGGGGAUGUGGCAUUGUCACAGUACCUGGCAGGCUGGAGGGAAUUAAUCAAGUUCCUGACUCCUCUGGGCUCCAUCUUCUCCUUUGCCACAAGCGAGGCUUCCACCAAGCUGACAGCUCUCGAGGCUAAGGUGCAUGGUCCCAAAGCCAUGCACUACACGUCUCUGACGACCAUGGUGGCGUGGGAGCGGCAAGCGGGGCUGCUGGAGCGGCCCGGGGUGGUCCCUAAUGACUCAGCUCGCUCCUCGGGCUCCCGAACGAUAGUCUUGCUUCAUCGAGCUCUGCGCUGGUCCCAGCUCUGCCUCCGCCGGGUGGCGACAGGGACGCUCGACGGCCCGGACGCGGGUUCCCAGUGCAGCGACGCCUACAGCGCGGUCCUGGGGCCGCACCACCCCUGGCUCAUCCGCCAGGCCGCGCGCCUCGCCUUCCUCGCCUUCCCGGGUCGCCGCCACUUGCUCAAGCUGGCGUGUCCCGGGGCCAGGGAGGUGGAGGCUCGGGCCGCGCUGACCCGGGCUGCCGGCACCCUGGAGGAUGUCUACCGCCGCACCCAAGGCUUGUUGGCGGAACAAGACCUGCUCCAGCUGGCCUGACGCUGAAGAAGCCAGCCUGGGGCAGGGGGGCAGGGGGGCAGGGGGGCAGGGGGGCAGGGGGGCAGGGGGGCAGGGGGGCAGGGGGGCAGGGGGGCAGGGGGGCAGGGCCGCUUCCUGUCCCGCAGGGCAACACCAGUCUGCGGUGUCAGGGGCGGGGACUCCGGGGGUCCCUCCCCUUUGGUGACGUCUCCCCACUCGCAGUCUUGUGAAGAAGCACUGAGUUGUAUAGGGUGGGAAGUAUUCUUUGGUCACCCUCUAUUUAGGGAGUUUUUUGUGUGAUACCCAGCAAGCACUUGAGGGAAACAAAGCGAACGGAUGUAGGAAGAUGUGUCAUUCCUGCUCCUGGCUGCCGAAAGACUCAUGCUCCCCUGGCCUAGUUCAACCACACCCAUGGCUUGCAGUUGCAAUGGCAAGUCUACAGCCAAGACAUGUAGGGGGAGCUCCGGCCUCUGUGAAACCUACUCUGUCCUGGACAGAUCCACAGAACAGCAAAUACAACACGUCCAACCCUCACCCCAUCACCAGCUCUCAGAAAAUACUGCUCUUCUUGUGUUCUCUGUCUCUGAAUAAAGGACACCCUCUCCUGUUAACUA